AUGACAUACAAGGCAGACCUUCCUAUUGAAAUCAUUCAACUUGUACUUACAUAUCUAGCUCCACGUCAUUUGGUUCAGACUAUGCUAGUUUGUCAUACUUGGGCUAUUAUUUCAAGACAAUGUUUAUAUCAUACCAUUUACAUUCAUUCCAAUCGACAAUACAAACGAUGGCUUCAAACACUUGAAUAUCAAUGUCUACAUAUCCGGUGUUUGGUACGAACUGUACGAAUUCAUCCUCAGGUUCAUCUCGAUCUACGCGAACUACCUCUUUUGCAUCUAUGUCCUAGAAUAGAAUCCUUUGAUAUUAGUGGUACAUACAGCAGCAACAUUAAUGAUAUUCUUGGGAAAAAAUACUUGUAUCCAAAACUAUUACAUCAUUGGAAGUAUCUGAAACGAUUAUCUGGUUAUCAUGGCGAUGCUCCAUCCACUUGGAUUCCGGUGUUACACUCUCAAUUGACCAGUCUGGUAUGUACUAUCAAUGAUCUUAGUUCUCUGCUUCUAUUAGAAGACCAACACAUACAAAAUGAUGAUGACCCAACAAAUAAUCUGAUCUGCAAAAUACGACAACCUUAUAUUUUUUCAGACCUUGUAGAUUUACAAUUGGCCUUUGGUUUUAGUGGCAUGACAACAGCAACUUUGGAUCACUUGCAUGCUCUCUGCCCAUCUCUGGUACGUUUAACUCUUUAUGCUCAUUCGUUCUCAUAUACAAAUAUAUCGUCAAUAACAGCAACACCAACUCUCAAAUCGUUGGCAAUAUCCGACUUGGCAUCAUGCGAUUCCGAAUGUUACACAUACCUCUUGAACAAGUAUCCACAGCUGACUUCUCUUCAUCUGGGAUAUGUUUUUGACGAACAUUACACACAGCUUCCUAUGAUAGAUCGAUCACUUGGCAACGAUAAUCACGAUGAUAACAGCACUAUGGUUGACUUGGAUGAAGGCGACAUGAUAUGUGACUAUCUUCGAAAAAGUCGAUCCUUUCUCUUUGGAUUGAUAUCAGGUUAUCAACAUUUAACAAAACUGAAAAUGGACUUUCAAGGCGCAAAUGAGUACGUGACAAGUAUAUGGCCAGCAGAAGAAAUCAAGAAUUGGAUGCAGAAACCAUCAGCAAUCACGACAGUCAUCUGUGACGAUAUUGAAAAAAACAAAAGAAAGCAACAUCAUCCAUGUCAUUUACGUCAACUUGAAUUGGAAUACCAACGUCAAUCAACAAAGGACAAUCAGCAUGAUACACUUGGAUUGAAUGAUAUUCUCAACACUUGGGUAGCUCGGCAUCAACUGGAAAGGAUUGGAAUUGAUGUAUACAACAAUGGCAAGCUGAAUGAUAACAAAACACAUCAACAACAUAACGAUGAAUUCAUGAAACGCACUUUACUACAAACAACACUGGAUGAUACUCUUUUUUUGAUCUCUCCUGUACUGAAGCAAUACGGUGUUUUGACAACUCUUUCUCUUAAAUGUUAUCCUGGCUUUGAUGUUGGUAUGAAUCGUUUACUUGAUUGUCUUGGUCAUUUACGGGUGUUGGCCGUUUCAUAUGCGACUUUUAUCAAGGAAAGGCAGCAACAACAACAACAUCGUCCUUCUUCUCGAACACAUGGACUUGAACAAUUGAUAUUGGAAUCUUCUUAUGUGGAUGAUACAACAGCUUGGACAGACUUGAUGCAUCAUCGAUUACUUCAUUUGACCCAUUUGUGUCUUGACAAUGUGGUGCUCAAUAACAACAGCGGAGAGACAAUCAAGAGUUGUACUAUGGAAAGAUCGGAAUGGAAGUUAAAACAACUAUGGAUCAAGCAUGUAUCUAUUGGUGGACAGCAAUACAGUCAAACGCAAGGGCUCAGAUGGCUUUACGUAAAGGAAACAAUGGCAGAUCGGUACACGUGCUAUGAUUCUAAUAUGGCGGAAGGUAUUCAUGGUUCUUCUUCACCUUUAUGGAUUCAUACUGGUAAUAAUGGUCAAGGUUUACCUGGAUUAUAUGAUGAUGAUCUCCCCAGUUUAGUAGUGAAAUGCGAUUUUGUGGAAGAUGUCUUGUUUUGUUAG